AUCAUGAUUGAAGAUCCGCACUUUAUAGACGCCAUGGUGCAGGAGUUAAAAUCUCAAGGUCUUUUCGAUCAAUUUCGGAAAGAGUGUUUGGCAGACGUUGAUACGAAACCAGCGUAUCAAAAUCUUCGACAACGUGUCGAAGGAACAGUAAAUAAGUUUCUCGUUCAGCAGGAGUGGUCUGAUAACAUCCGGUAUAAGAACCAACUACGGGAUCAGCUACGUAAAAAUAUUAUCGACUCUGGUUUUUUGGAUACAGGAGUUGAGCGAAUAGUCGAUCAAGUGGUGAAUCCUAAAAUUGCUACCAUUUUCCAGCCAAAGGUAGAAGAAAUUGUGUACAACUAUCUAGGAAUUGAGAAGCCAAAAUCGUCCUUUAAUGGGAAUGAUCAAGCAUCGUCCCGAUCUGAACUGUUGCUAGAGGAUCUAGAAGCGGUUAGUCCAGAUUCAGACAAAAAAUCUGAAGGAAGUGUCACACCCCCGCCGCAACCACCACCACCACCACCUCCUGAACCAUCGAUGGAGCAUUUUGAAGAAAAUAUGGAAAUAGAUGAAUCACUAGACGAAUCAAAGGAACAAGAUGAUUUCGAGUCCCCCGCUUUCGAACCGCUUGAAGUACGCUCCCCAGUACAAAGUGCAAGCAAGGUGAAGGAAGAAAUAAACGAUUCCAAUUCAUCUGCAAUCAGCGGAUUAACUUCUCAAGAAUCGUUAGAAAGUAGACAAUCGUUAGACGUCAAAGCAGAUAAUCUUUUGCACGAAGUUUCCAAAGAACCGGCUAAAGCAGAAUCAUGUGACGAGCAAGACAAUCAAAUAACUAAAGAUUCUGAUUUUAGUCAAGAAAUUGCCCCAACAAAUGAUUCGCAGCUUUCACAGGUGUCUAGCAACAGCCAGCUACUUACAACAGCUGUUCCAUCCUCCAGUGAAGAGUUUCAACGUCCGGAGGAAAACGAACGCCUCGACAUCACAGAAGAAGCCCAAAUGCCAACAUUGUUUAGCAGCUCCACAGACAAAGUGUCAAGCUCUACUGAGGGCGAUGAUGGUGCAGAUGUAGCUAAAAAAAUAACGUUUGAUUUUGAAAAGGACGAGUAUGAUUUUGUAGGAACAGUACGCCCGUCGAUUAUUGCCUGUGCCGAUGAUAGCUGUACCAACGUAAAUCGUGAUGGCGAUCCAGAAGAGGAUAGCAUGCCGACGACUACGCGUGUAGAAACGCCAACAGACACACCCACACCAACCAAAGAUUCCGAGCAACCAAACCUUACGCCCCAGGAUGAUGAAACGUCUCAGUCUGAGCAUUCUUUGAAAAUUUGCGAAGAUUCGUUUAGCGACGAGGAUACGAAAGAAUCAAAGUCAUUCGAUGAGCACGCCCGAGAUAGUCCUUCGAAAAUUAAAGGACUUUCUGAUGCAAGCAGUUGUAGCAUGAAGUGUGAUCGAGAAGUUACAAAUAUACCGUCAAACCCAAAGAAUGAUUCCAACGAUAAACCCCAAAUGCCGGAUCAACCAGCAGAUGAAAACACUAAGGAGGCUAAUUGUGCAAAAACGCAAGAAAAGUCUUCAAAAUCUGAAAUACAAGACGAUCAUUAUCAAGAGCGUUUGAAGCUCAAGUCCGAUCGCCGAUCUAGUGAUCGUGAUUCAGAAGAUGGUGAUGAAAAGCAUGACCCUAGCGGUCCAUCUGUUCCUCCAUCUAAUGAUAAUAUAGCGAGUUCUGAAAAAACGAUAACAUCGCAAGAAACUACUGAAAAACCAUCUGAAAAGGAAAAAUCCCCAGUGAACGAUCCAAUCGAUUCCCCAUUGCUGCGUAUGGAACUGCAUCGCAGGUAUGGGUCUGUAACACCGACCGGCGAGAAUGGACCGAUUGAUUCUUCAUCUUCCGGUAUCCAGUCAGGCGAUGAUUCAGAAAAAAGUCCAGAGACAUUAAAGUCGUAUUGCAAACCAGAAUCCAUAAUUCUUCCGGUACAGCCAGUAGUUAUCGAUCAAAUGUUGACAAAUACUGAGGAUUCUAAACUAAAGCGCCUACUGAACGGAGAUACACACACGGACGAUGCCACUUUAGAAUCGCUUCAAAGACAAUGGCAGUGGAAGGAUGAAAAGGCUCGUAAACCGAAAUAUGCAUCCAACCUUUCGGAGGCUCGUCGCCUUAUGAAGGUACGAAAGCAGAUGCAGCGCAAGGAACAGAAAUGCCGCGAUCAGACACUCGCAAUGGCAAAAAAGUACAUUAGCGGAAACAAAACAUUCGAUGGACAAGCUAUAGAGGAUCAGGGCAUCGAGCUGGAGUUUGUUUGUGACGGUAAGCGCAAAUCGCCUGGUCCAUUGAUUUCUUCGCCAGUGCCUAAGUUGGAGCAACCCAUAGAAGAGGAACAACCGAUCGCCGAUCCGGAACUGCUCUACUUUCCGGAAGAUAAUGAAGAGUUUAAGAUAGACGAGACACGGCUGAACUAUCUACGGUCUAAAACAGAAGGCGUCACGUUCAGCAAAAGCUUCAAGGUGCAGCAUUACCGUACGAAAAUUUUCUCGCUAACAGUAACUACUCCCGUGCAAAAAUCAGCAAAACGACCCAUCACGGAUACGCUGAGCAGUGCCAAACCCAAACGCAACUGCACCAGCAUUAACGGGCUAUCCAAAACCCUCGAUCUGGCAUCCAACGGACAUAAUGCGGCUAGUUUAGCUCUUCAGAGGCAACGAUCUAUUAGAAAUCGAUUGACGGAAAAAAAUACUCCUCCAUCGGUGGGAACAGAUACACGGACGAAUGUUUCGGGAUGAUUUUCCACGAUUCAACUGGUAUCCCAGUU